AUUGGAGGGUUAAUCUUUCAAUUUUCACACAUAGACAACCAGAAAACAGACAUUUCACCUUUUUGAAAGGCCUCUAAACUAACCCCCUCUUUGGUUGCACUUUAAGAAAGUGAGCAUUUUCUUCUUGCAAGAGUGAUCUUGCUGUCUAAGAGGGUAUAGCCAUGGUUUCUCUUUGAUAUAUACAACCAAACCAAUUAGUAACAAAAGAAGCGAUUGUGAAUUCCCGUAUAGCAAAAAAUCCAAUGGAGGUUCAUUCCCCAACAGUGAAACGCCACUAUGACAUCACCAUGUCAAGAAGAACAAGGAAACAACAAUUUUCAAUGCAAGGCAAUGAGAAACACAAAUCAGUGGUGGAUGAUGAUGAUGCUACAACAAAGGGUGCCAAAUUGGAAACUACUAGAAAAAUUUCAAGUCUUGCUGAGGUGAAGGAGGGUGGUGAGAGUGAUCACAAGAGCUUGAAGCAGUUGAUCAUAGGAGAUGACAAAGGUGCAAACAAGGGAAGUAGUGAUGAGAGAGGCAAAGGAUCAAGGAACUCACUUGGUGAACAUUUCACUGAGGAAGAGAAGCAGCAUCUUCAGUUGGUAAGGAUGCAACAGAAAGACAACCUCCAAGGUUUGAAGUUCAAGAAGUUGGUGCGUCGUUAUGCCAAAGUUUUGGGCCAUUUGAUGAAGGCUAAGCGUGAUCCUCAUUUAGGUGAUAAUGGGAAAAAACCUCUUUUCAAGUUAUCAACCUAGGAAAAAAUUUUGGGUUUUAAUUACUAGCUCAUGAUGAUUUGGUUGAUCAAUUUUAUGCAUAUAUAUACAUAUAUGUAUGUGCUUAUAUUUUUCCCAACAAAAUGCCUUCAAACUUU